GAAAAGUAAGCAGAGGGAGGUGAGAGGCCUGUUCUCUUCGGUCUUCUCUUUAAAACCCCAACCCCAACCCCCCGAGCUAGCCAUCACUCACGCAUUACACGCACAUUUAAAACCCUCAACGGAGCCUGUCAACUCUCACUCACGCAGACAGUCAGAGAGACACAGAGACGAUGGUGAGCGACCGAAAGGCAUCGGAGGAGGCGAGGGUUGCUGCGGCGGAGAGCCGCACGGUGAGUGGGCCACUCGUGGGGAGUCUGGGCACGACGAGGCCCUCUGAAACGAAGGGCUCGCCGGUGCGCCCGAAGUCUGACUUGGCGCACCUCGUUCUGAGGUUCCUGUGCAUGGCCACCUCGGUCACCGCCCUGUCCUUCAUGAUCACGGCCAGGGAGGCUAGCACUGUCUCCAUCUACGGCUUUCAACUCCCCGUUUACUCCAAGUGGUCUUACUCUCGCUCCUUCGAGUAUCUUGUUGGAGUUUCGGCUGCUGUUGCCGCUCACUCCUUCCUGCAACUACUCAUCAGCGCGUCAAGGCUGCUGAGAAAGUCCCCAGUGAUCCCUUCAAGAAAUCAUGCAUGGCUUAUUCUUGCUGGGGAUCAGGUAUUUGCAUAUGCAUUGAUGAGUGCCGGGUCAGCGGCAUCGGGGGUGACCAACUUGAACCGGACAGGAAUCCGACACACUGCUCUACCAAACUUUUGUAAGCCUUUGCAAAGCUUUUGCGACCACGUUGCCAUCUCCAUAGCCUUCACUUUCUUCAGCUGUAUCUUGCUAGCCACGUCUGCUGUCCAGGAUGUGAUUUGGCUGUCUAAGAACUGAAUCUUCUCCACACAUCGUUCCUCUCUAUAAAUAUAUGACACUUCUAGAAAAUACUAUCUCCACCCUUUGGUUUCUACAAAAUGAUCAAUGUUUCUUCUGUCUUUUUAAAACUGUGUACUCGAGGGCACUUGGUGCGCCAUGUAAGAAACGAGAUGGCUUCUCUGUAAUGGGAAUUAAUGUGCCUUUUACUGUAUUGAUCAUUUGAGAGCCAGCCUGUAGAAAGGCUUUUGCUAAUGUAAUUGGUAUGCCAUGGUACGACUCUUGUUUAAAA